AUGAAUUUUGAAGAGAUUGAAGAACAAGACGGAACAAGGUUUUCCUGGAACGUCUUCCCUGCCUCUCGUUUAGAUGCAACAAGGAUCGUUGUGCCUAUAUCAUGUCUUUAUACUCCACUUAAAGAAAGAGAAGAUUUACCCCCAAUCUAUUAUGAACCCGUUACUUGCAGGCAACCUUGUCGUGCAAUUUUAAAUCCAUACUGUCAAAUUGAUGUUCGCGGGAAGCUUUGGAUCUGCCCUUUUUGUCUUCAGAGAAAUGCGUUUCCUCCUCAUUAUAAAGAUAUUUCCAAUACCAACCUUCCCGCUGAGUUGCUGCCAAAGUAUACCACCAUUGAAUACACCCUUAAUCGCGCAGCUCAAAUUCCUCCAAUAUUUUUGUAUGUAGUAGAUACUUGUCUUGAAGACGAUGAUCUGAAAGCGUUGAAGGAUUCUUUGGUCGUUAGCUUGAGUUUGUUACCACCCCAUGCAUUAGUUGGUUUAAUUACUUUUGGUACAAUGGCGCAAGUUCACGAACUUGGAUAUAAUGAAUGCCCUAAAUCUUAUGUCUUUCGAGGAACAAAGGAAUAUACAUCUAAACAAAUUCAAGAAAUGCUUGGUUUAUCUGCUCAAAAUUUACGCCCUCAAAUGCAACGACCAAACCAACCUGGGGCUCCUCAAAACCCUGGUGCUAGUCGAUUUCUUUUACCGGUUCAACAAUGUGAAUUUACCUUGACGUCCAUCCUAGAACAACUUCAACGUGACCCAUGGCCUGUCGCAAAUGAUAAACGACCUCAAAGAUGCACAGGUGUUGCAAUGAGUGUUGCCAUUGGAUUAAUGGAGACCACUUUUCAAGGAGCAGGAGCGCGUAUAAUGCUUUUCUGCGGUGGUCCAGCUACUGAAGGUCCUGGUAUGGUCGUUGGUAAUGAAUUGAAAGAACCUAUUAGAUCUCAUCACGAUAUUGAAAAGGAUAACGUCAAAUAUUAUAAAAAAGCUACAAAGUUUUAUGACGCACUUGCUAAACGCAGUUCGGCAAAUGGUCAUAUAGUUGAUAUUUUUGCUGGAUGUCUUGAUCAAGUUGGAUUGCUUGAAAUGAAAUCUAUGGUUAAUUCAACUGGAGGAUAUAUGAUUCUUUCUGAUUCUUUUACUACAUCCAUUUUCAAACAAAGUUUCCAAAGAGUUUUUAAUAAGGAUGCUCAAGGUAAUUUACAAAUGGGAUUCAACGCAACACUGGAUGUACAGACCACCAGAGAAAUGCGAGUUUGUGGCUUGAUUGGUCAUGCUAUCUCAGCAAAUAAAAAAAGUGCAUCAGUAGCUGAAACAGAAAUUGGUAUAGCGAAUACAUCAGCAUGGAAGAUGUGUGGAAUCACACCAAAGACAACUGUUGCGGUGUAUUUUGAAGUUGUCAGCCAGCAUGGCCAACCAAUCCAACACAAUAAUCGUGGUUUAAUUCAACUUGUGACACACUACCAACAUUCCAGUGGGCAGUUCCGUCUUCGUGUCACCACUAUUGCUAGAAAUUUUGCUGAUGGAAAUAGUCCGCAAAUUGCUCAGUCUUUCGAUCAAGAGGCUGCUGCUGUACUUAUGGCACGUAUAGCGGUUUUCAAAGCGGAGAUUGAUGAUGGACCAGACGUUUUGAGAUGGUUGGAUCGUAUGCUAAUUCGAUUAUGUCAAAAAUUUGCUGAUUAUCGAAAAGAGGACUCUUUAUCAUUUCGACUUGCUGAAAACUUUUCUAUAUAUCCACAAUUUAUGUUCCAUCUUCGAAGAAGUCAAUUUUUACAAGUUUUCAACAAUAGUCCAGACGAAACGGCAUUUUACCGACAUGUAUUAAACCGGGAAGAUGUCAACAACUCUCUCAUAAUGAUUCAACCCACAUUGAUGUCAUAUGGAUUUGAUUCAGCACCACAACCAGUGCUUUUAGAUUCGGUUUCUAUAAAACCAGACGUUAUCUUGUUGCUCGACACAUUCUUCCAUAUUCUUAUUUUCCAUGGAGAGACAAUUGCCCAAUGGAGAAAAGCUGGAUAUCAGGAUCAAAGUGACCGUUUUCCAGUUCCCCGAUAUAUUGUCUGUGAUCAGCAUGGUUCUCAGGCACGUUUUCUUCUUUCCAAACUUAACCCUUCAACUACUCACGUUUCUGGUGGUAUGUAUGGAACAUCACAAGGUCAAGCCAUUUUCACAGAUGAUGUCAGUCUGCAAGUAUUUAUGGAACAUUUAAAGAAGUAG